GUCGUGAAAUAAAUCUUCGCGUGUUCUGGAAGAAACUCCAGUUUUAUCCUUUAACAAUGUACAGCCUUCGAAUUCGACACGCAAGACAAGUAGUCUUGGUUUGCAACAACAAAGAGCGAAUUUUGACAGGAGAUUCGAUGAAAAAAUUGGCCAUCGUCGAAGGAGGAGAGGAUGGAGGCGUGUCUGUUGUGGUUAACGCGGGAAAAAUUGAAUGCAUUGCUUUGGAUCGAAUCAUUGAUCAGAAAUAUGAAAACUGUACUUUUGUAGAAGAAAUAGAUGCUUCUGGGAUGUGUGUGCUACCGGGUAAGUUGAAUAUGUAGUUAUCUGGAAGUAUGUUGGUGCAACUGACCCGUUAGAUAUUUUAAUACUUAAUGAAGAGGCCAUUUUGGAAAACAAGUUGAAAGGUGGAUCUGGCAAAAAAAUGAGCUUAUUUAAUAUUGUUGUGCUGUUUUGAUGUUGUUAUUAUUUAUUUGUUUUUUUCAAUCAUAACAUAAGCGGUAUGGUCCAUAAGAUAAUUCUGGGCCACCUGGUACCCUCCUGAAUAAAUCAGGAUAACCCUCCGCCCCCCUCCCCUCUGCAGGGAAGGAUAAACACCGGGGUUAAUGGGGGGAGGGACACUUUCAUGUAUUUUGUGUCCUCUCUCCACCUGACGCAUUCUCCUUAAGGCUGGUUUUCACUAGCAACAGAGUCGGAGUCGUAAUCAGAAGCAUAGGAGUUAACAAUCUAGUGAAAACAACUUUCUGAUUCUGCUUAUGGCUCCGUUGUUUACGAUAAAGUGAAAACUAGGUUGUCGGAGUCGCAAGGAAGCAGAAGAACUAAACCAAUCACAAAGUGUGGGAACAUGCAUUGUUGUUGGUUAAUCCCUCCACCCCUGCUUCUGACUCUGACAAUCUGGUUUUCACUAGAUCGUUAACAAUGGAGUCAUAAGCAGAGUCAGAAGAAAAUGGAAACAAUCUGAUUCUUCCCACUCCAUCGCACUUAUGACUAUGCUUACGACUCCGAUUUUUUUUCACAAGGUCAUAAGUGCUCUUAUGACUCUGCUUACGAUUCGGACUCCAACUCCGUCGCUAGUGAAAACCAGCCUCUAGGUGAUAAUUUUCACACACUCUUUUGUAUUUUACCUACUCUAUCAUACCUAAUGUUAAAACUGAUCAGUGACAACUGGUACUUUAGUAUGUUCUCUCCCGUUUUUAAUAACAAAUGCAAAUUAACAAAUGCUUUUAAAAUAAUCCAGGUCUGGUCGAUGGCCAUACACAUCCUGUGUGGGAGGGCGAUAGAGUCCAUGAAUUUGCCAUGAAGGUAAUGUAACUUGCUUUACAAGAAGUUAAAGCCACUGAAAGCUUACUCAAUGACUCAUCAGCUGCCCUUGGCAAACUUGUUUCUUCUUUGCUGCAAAUUCUGCAGCUUGCAGGGGCAACUUACAUGGACAUUCACAAUGCGGGUGGAGGAAUAGGCUUCACCGUGGAACGUGUAAGAGAAGCUUCUGAAGAGGAACUUUACACAUCCCUCAGAAAACGCCUGCUUAGAAUGCUGCGAUCAGGGACAACAUUGGUAGAAGCUAAGAGUGGGUAUGGCCUGGAAGUGGAGUCUGAAAUGAAGAUGCUGAGAGUCAUUGAGAGAACCAAAAAAGAGCUUCCAAUUGAGAUUUCCAGUACAUUCUGUGGUGCACAUUCUGUGCCAAAGUAUGUACUAGGUACCAGACAUUUUAGCUGACCAUUUUAUGACCUGCAUACAUUUUUGUGUUUUAGUUUACAUUUUUGUUUUUUGAAGAAGCAAUUAUACAAGUGGUGCCUGGAAAGAAAAGCCUUAAUUAUAUUAGGAAUAUAUAUUAUUAUAGUUUAUACAUGUACGGCAUAAAAGUUCAAUUUUAUUGGUGCAAAGCCUUCAUUGUGUUGACCUUGGGACAAAGAUAUUUAUCUUUUUCUACCACAGUGGCUUAUAAACAUUUCACAAGGCCUUGUACUGACUUUCUAGUUACAUGACAGCAUAUGCAGCCUUUGACGGCUUAUUAAAAACGCUUUUGAUUUGUUUUAGCUAAUGUUUCAUUAUUUAAUGGCAGAUUAGUGAAAUAUGGUUAUUUUAUUAUCGCUCUUUUCUGUAGAGGAAGUUCUCCUGAAGAAGCUACAAACAAUGUCAUCAACUGUCAAAUUCCAAAGCUUCAAGAACUAAUGAAAGACAAUGAAUUGACUGUCGAUAAUAUUGAUGUGUUCUGUGAGAAGGGUGUAUUUGGUGUAGAACACACGAGAAAGAUCCUCGAAGCAGGGAAAUCUGCCGGGUUGGCCAUCAAUUUUCAUGGAGAUGAAUUGCAUCCAAUGAAAGCUGCCGAGGUAAACUUUAAUAGAGUUCAACCUCAUUAAUGUUAUGGUGGAGUUUUGAUACAUAGUUUAAAAAUAAUGGUGCAACUUUUUGUCAAUCAUUUGAAAGUCAAGUCAUUUAUUUAUUUAUUUAGUUUGGUUACUUUUGGGACUAAAAUUUGCGAACUUGCUACUAAAUUUUCGUAUCUGGUCUCAAAAAAGCAACUAGAUUUUUUUUAUUAUGAGCCCUGAACAUGAAUUCUUUGAAUCAACACCAGGGCUGAUAGUAUUAUCAGGAACACACUGCACAGCUAUCCCCAAAGGUUUGAUAGAAUGUGUAGACUAUCUGUCUGUCUAGUUUAAAUACAUGACAUGUAUUCCCUGUUGUCUUUCAAAGCUGAACUGUUGAUAUACCCGUGACUGUUUGAAUGCAGCAAUACCUGAAUUAUGAACAGCUUUUCAUUUGCUUUUUCUUAAUUAUAUUUUGAUAAUUUUCUUAAGUUAGGUGCAGAGGUUGGUGCCAGAGCAAUUAGCCACCUUGAAGAAGUGAGUGAUAAGGGAAUACAAGCCAUGGCUGCUGCUUCUGUUGUUGCUGUACUUCUUCCUACCACUGCGUAUAUUUUACGACUUAAAUGUCCACCUGCUAGGAAAAUGAUUAAUGCAGGUAAAUUGUUGAGAAAUAAAUAUUAAAGUAUUUGGCAAUCUUUGAUUGGAUUUUCAGCAUGCUUAGGAUACCUAGACGUUUUGUAUGUACGAUACUGGCAAUUUAAAAUCAAAGAAACAAUAAAUAGGGAUAUUUUAUUUUAUAAUUAUAAUAAUGAUAAUAAUAAUUAUCAUUCGAAGAAAAUUUCUCUCUCUUUUUGUUGUAGGAGAACCCACCACGUGACCUGCAAAUAACUGCCUACAAAUAAUGGUCUGCUCAUGCGCAAUGCAGUACAACUGUGCUUGGCUGCCAAUAAUAUUCUGCACAUGCACAAAGGAAACUGUGCUUUUCUCCUUCUUGCGAUCGCUCUUGCAUGAAAAUGGCAGAUCACUUCACUCCCCAAGGGUAUUCAUUAAAAAAACAAACUCAGUGAUCGAAUGAUAAAACAAUUAUUGAACUCGGUUAUCACAAAAUAUCAUGAUUUGUCAGUGUCUGGCAGAUCAAUAAUAUUUGCCUCAGCCUCAGUGAUAUUUUGCUCAACCUCGUCCAAUAAUUGAUAAUUAUUUAUUUAUUUAUUUAUUUAUUUAUUUAUUUAUUUAUUUAACACUCUAGAUGUCAACUUUAAAAAUCCCAGGAUAAUUUAUUAAUGCAUUGGCUGACAAUUUUCAACUUCACGCAGGUGUUCCAGUUGCUCUUGGUACCGAUUUUAACCCCAAUGCAUUCUGUCUUUCAAUGGUAAGGACAAUUAGUCAUGAUAAUAUUGAUAAUCAACGUAAAUCAAACCUGAGUCAUUUGAAGUCUCCUAGCCAGUAACCAGUAUAGUCACCAGUAGCCUGCGAAAGCAUCCGUUUCUCCCUCGGGAAGUUCCCCAGCGGCGUAGAGCGAAGGAGAAACGGAUGCUUUCGCAGGCUAAGUCACCGGAAAAUCAUCACACCCAAAUUGCAUUGUCUAUAAAGCCCCAGUGAUUUCAUUAAAAAUGUAGGCAAAUGCAUGCGAGGAACUCAAGUGCGUUCUGUGUAGUUUUACAUCCAAGGGAUAUUUUUGUCUCUUCCAGCCUUUAACAAUGCACCUUGCCUGUGUUAAUCUACGCAUGACAAUGGAGGAGAGUCUGGUAGCCGCAACAAUUAAUGCUGCAGCAUCCCUGGGAAGGGCGCACAGCCACGGCUCCCUGGAGCAUGGAAAAGUCGCAGACAUGCUAGUUAUUGAUGCACCAAGGUAUGUGGGGCUAGUCCCGGACAAUCACUUCUUUAGACCCAAAGUUUUCCAUUUUUGUGUUACCAGGAAUUCAUGUGUGUUCGUGUCUUGAUUCUGCUAUUUUUCUUUUAAGGUGGGAGCAUCUCGUCUAUCAACUCGGUGGCCAUGAUGAAAUCAUCAAGUUUGUUAUAAAGAAUGGAAAAAUUGUUUACAGCAGACCUCAUUAGAAUAAAGUACAACUGCCGAAAUACGCUUCAAGUCCUGGGAAUACCGAAUAGCGACACAACAAGCUAAAGAACGUUGUUGUUAAAAUUCAAAGGACUUUAAAAAAAGGAGAAAUAGACAAUUCCAUUGAAGGUUGCUUUUACGCUGGGAAAAAAUUCAGUUCGUGUCGCAACAAGAUCAUCUGCUGAUGCAAAUAAACCUAAUUUCAUUCCUAGGAUUGCUGACAGAGAUAGAGUUCAAGGAAAUUUUCUAAGGGACAUCUAGUAUUCUGCAAAAGUGCUUCUGAUGGGGUUUUACUUGAGUGCAUUGUCACAUUUUGGGAUGUAACCCAUAGUCUCGAGACUAAGAGUGACUUCACUUCUCGGCUCCCUAAGUCGCAUAUACAUGUACGAAAAAAUGGUGGUAACGGCAGCUUGCCAGAGUUCAUUAAUAGAGAACAUAACUGAAACAAUGCUGGUAUUAACCUGUUCCAGUCGUUCAUGCAGUGGAGUGUAGUGCGAAGUCAGAAUCUCAGAGGGCGGGAAAAAUACGGAAGUUUUUCGUUCUCGCACUAACUCUGCGCCUGUCCCCAC